AUGGUUACCCUUCAUUCUGUUUUUGUGUUCUGUGCAGUCGCUAGCAUUGCAUCUGCGGGACCAUGCAAGCCUGGAAGCUCCAUCUCGCCCUCGCUCUCGCUCUCCGAAACCAGCUCUGCGGCCUUCACCACCGAGACUACAUUGCUUGAGACAACCACUACCGCGCCCUCAACCACUCUGGCUGAAUCUACUUCGACCGACAUCACAGUCGAGACUAGCCUUACAGAGACGAGUACAGAGGCUGCCUCUGACACUACCUCUGCAGCCAUGGUCGAGUCAAGCACCACUACCUUCGUCACGUGUAUCCCGGAUCAAUGUGUUGACACCAUCAAGAUUCAAUGCGAUGUGGUCAUCUAUGGCCUAGUGGAUUAUGUUAGCGCCGACGACGCCCAAGCUUGCGCAGAUCUUUGCAAUGCAGAUGACAAUUGCCAGGCCUUUACAUUCGAUUAUAAGUUCAACAAGUGUUAUAAGACUGGCAGUAUUGAACAGAGAGUUGUUGGGCCUUAUAAUGGUUAUGAUACCGGAAUUAAGGGAACAUGUCAGGUGUAA